CACUGGUGGGUGGAACUGCUGGGCACAGGUAGGUGGCACUUCUGGGCACAGGUGGGUGCAUUGCUGGGCACAGGUGGGUGCACUGCUGGGCACAGGUGGGUGAUCUGCUGGGCACAGGUGGGCGGAGCUAGUGGGCGCACUGCUGGGCACAGGUGGGCGGAACUUGCGGGUGGCAUUGCUGGGCACCGAUCAUCAGGGCACUGAUCAUCAGUGCCCUGAUGAUCGGUGCCGAUCCCCGCUCUGACAACUGCCGGUUCUCGGCAGUACUUUCCUCACGAUCUGACAGCGUGAGGAAAGUGCAGCCGAGAACCGGCACUUGCAU